AUGAAUGCACUUAUGAAGAAGUUUGAAGGCCAUAACUUCAUCAUCCUUGGGUUUCCUUGCAAUCAGUUUGGACUACAGGCACCUGAGGAAAACCAUGAAACCCUAAAUGUUUUGAGGUGUGUGAGACCAGGAGGAGGUUACACACCACAGUUUCCCAUCUUCAGUAAGAUUGAGGUGAAUGGCGAUAAUGAGAGUCCUCUGUAUGUCUUUCUAAAGGAAUCUCUUCCAUUUGUAAACCCUGUCAUCGGAGACAUCAAGAAACUUUACUGGUCUCCCAUUAAAGUCAAUGACAUUCGAUGGAACUUUGAGAAGUUCCUCAUCAAUGCAGACGGAGUUCCUUACAAACGUGACGAUCCCUCAGGAAACUCCACAGAAGCUGAGCUGGAUCUGAAGAGGACAGGACCAAAUCUGAUCUUUAGUGCAUUCGCUCAGAUCUUCUCUUGACCUGAGACCGCCCACUGAGAGAAGAGCCCCACCCAAUACCUCAAUG